AAACACAGCAGAUCAGCAGCAUCGCAUACCUUUGUUACCAUGGCAACCAUCCACCAGCCUCUACUAAACUCUACAAAAACUUCUUAUAGAAAGCCUUGCUGCUUAACCCUCUCCUUAGUUGCUCUAUUUACCAUCGGUUUGAUCAUAAUUAGACCAAUUGAUCGUCCUCCCCCACCUCUCAAGAUCUGUGAGGGAGCCCAUGACGAAGAGUCAUGCUUGGCCAUGAUCUCUCAAAUAGCCCCAAACACAACCAUCAAAACCAGUGACCUAUUGCAACUCUUCUUGGAGAGGUCCAUCUCCGAGGUGAAGAAUACCAUGAGAAUGGCAAAUAAUGUCAGGAAUCGGAUCAACAACCAAAGAGAACAAGCAGCUUUGGCUGAUUGUUCUCAGUUGAUGGAGUUUUCCAUGGAUAGAAUCAUGGAUUCCAUGACUGGUCUUAAAAACCAUGAUGUUCAUUCGUAUGCAGAUUCUCAUUCAUGGCUAAGCAGUGUACUCACUAACCAUGUCACAUGCUUGGAUGGCUUGGAAGGUCCAACCAAAACCCUUAUGGAGUCUACCCUCAAUGACUUGAUAUCAAGAGCCAGAACUACCCUAGCCAUUUUCGUUGCAAAUUCACCUAAAAAACAAAAGUUGAUCCAGCCAUUGAUGGAUGAAUUUCCAUCUUGGGUCACUAGCAGGGACAGAAGGCUUUUAAUGUCCUUACCUAAGGACAUCAAACCGGAUGUUGUGGUGGCUAAGGAUGGAAGUGGUAAGUACAAGACUCUGACAGAGGCAGUGGCCGCCGCCCCAAGUAAGAGCAAGACCAGGCAUGUCAUCCACGUGAAAAAGGGUAUCUACGAAGAGAAUGUGGAGAUUGGAUCAAUCAAGAAAAAUCUGAUGAUCGUCGGCGAUGGUAUGGGUGCCACCAUCAUCACCGGCAGCCUCAACGUUGUAGAUGGUUCCACAACGUUCAAAUCGGCAACCGUCGCUGCUGUCGGCGACGGAUUCAUAGCUCAAGAUCUAGGGUUCCAGAACACCGCCGGACCGCGUAAGCACCAAGCGGUGGCGCUACGCGUCGGAGCUGACCAUGCUGUCAUAAACCGCUGCAAAAUCGACGCUUACCAAGACACCCUGUACGCUCACACCAACCGUCAAUUCUACAGAGACAGCUUCAUCACCGGAACGGUGGACUUCAUAUUCGGAAACGCCGCCGCGGUGUUCCAGAACUGCACGAUCGAAGCUCGAAAGCCCAUGGACAACCAGUCCAACAUGCUCACUGCCCAAGGCCGAGAAGACCCAAAUCAAAACACGGGAACUUCAAUCCAGAAAUGUGAGAUUAAAGCCAGCACAGAUCUUCGGCCCGUUAAAAGCAAGAUCAAGACAUAUUUGGGCAGACCCUGGAAGGCCUAUUCAAGAACCGUUGUGAUGCAAUCCAACAUUGGCGAUCAUAUUGACCCAACAGGGUGGGCUCCUUGGCAUGGGGAUUUUGCACUGAAGACAUUAUAUUACGGGGAGUACAUGAACAAGGGCGCGGGUGCAGGUACGAGCAAGCGGGUAAAAUGGGCUGGAUAUCAUGUGAUCACUAACUCAAAAGAGGCCCAGAAGUUUACUGUAAGGGAGUUGAUCCAGGGAGGAGAUUGGUUGAAGUCCACAGGAGUAACUUACACAGAAGGUCUUCGAAAAUAAUGCUUGGUACAAGCUGAGUAUGAUCUAUAUUUAAUAUUUGACUGAAAAAUAUUUAGGUAUAGUGUUUUAGGCUUUAUAUUUAUCUAAAUAUUCUAAGAGUUAUAUGUAGUACUUAACUCAACAGGUACUGGGUAACUUGUAAGGAUGUAUUUAUGUACUUGCCUUGGGAAAAGAAGAAGUCUUAUAUGAUUUACUAUUGUUACGUGUAUUAUAUGUUUGACUUGAGGUUUGUUAUUUAUGUAUGUUGCUAUUGUUGUAUAUAUUAUGUGUUAGACUUGAGAUUUAUUAUUU